GGGUGGAGUUUCGCCGGCCAGAGGACAGAGGCUGCCCGAUCUCCGGACCCCCUCCGGCAUCGGGACUCCGGGAAGGCUGCGCCCGCGGCGGGAUUCCCGCCCCUCGGAGAUGUUGCAGGGACCGGCGGGGCGGGGCCGGGCCGUCGCUAGGGGAGGGGCGGCCGGGCGUGCGAGGAACCCAGCUGGCGACCGCGACGCACACUAGGUUCUCCGGCUCCAGCUCCUGCGCCGCCUGUUGCUCGCUCCUCCGGGCAGCCGCUUCCCGCCCGGUGCGCAGGAGUAGGCGGCCCGAGAGCGCGCAGGGAGCCUCCCGCUUUCGUCCCCUCCCCGCACUGCACGAGCGGAUCGGAGGAGCCCCGAGUGUCCCUGAGAGCGCGGACGUGGGCGAGCAGCCCAGUGCACCCGGGACUGCGCGCCGAGACCCCCGGCGCCGCGCCGCGAUGAAUGCGACCUUCCUGAACCACAGCGGCUUGGAGGAGGUGGGCGGCGUGGGCGGCGGCGCCGGGGCCGCCCUGGGGAACCGCACCCACGGGCUGGGCACGUGGCUGGGCUGCUGUCCCGGGGGCGCACCGCUGGCCGCCAGCGAUGGAGUCCCCGCGGGGCUGGCGCCCGACGAGCGCAGCCUGUGGGUGUCACGGGUGGCGCAGAUCGCCGUGCUCUGCGUGCUGUCGCUUACCGUGGUCUUCGGCGUCUUCUUCCUGGGCUGCAACCUGCUCAUCAAGUCCGAGAGCAUGAUCAACUUUCUGGUGCAGGAGCGCCGGCCCUCCAAGGACGUGGGUGCCGCCAUCCUGGGGCUGUACUGAGCGUCAUCUGGGUCCGCCCUCGCCAGCGCUGCUGCAAGAAGGACCCCGGAGACCCGGACCCUCGCCCGGCUCUCUGCGCUCUGCGCUGCCUCCGGGCGGGCAGCUACGUGCCUGGGGCGCCAGGGCGGGGACGCGGCGAGACUCUCGGCGGGGGCGCAGGAAGGGACUUGGACGCCUGGCUCCGUCCUGUGUGGGCUGCAGCGUGGCGGGGUGGGAGAGUGGGGGAUGAGGGUUCUUACCAGUUUUGUUGUUGUUGUUGUUGUUGUUUGUUUUUUAAGACGUUCGGGGCAGGUGGGAGUGGGUGUGGGGAUGCAAUUUGGGACUGCGGUCGCUCGCGUGGGAGUUUUGUGUGUACGUUGUUGGUACGGGUGGUUUCGGAGCAGGGUGCGGGGAGAGUGGGUGAAGAUGUGAAGCGUCAGAGUCGCUAAGCUUGUUGGCCUGAUUUUGCGUUUGGAAAGAAAUCUUGUAAUAAAACUGCAGCCGUAGGGCUUCAGGCAGCUUCCCCCCCG